GAGCUGGGCUAUUUUAAAGGGACAGCGCACACACACACACACACACACACACACACACACACACACACACACACACACACACACACACACACACACACACACACACACACACACACACACACACAUGCAUGCACGCCCGCACAUGCACACCAGCAACACCCUGCUGCUCUGCUCUGCUCUCUCUCUCUCUCUCUCUCUCUCUCUCUCUCUCUCUCUCUCUCUCUCUCUCUCUCUCUCUCUCUCUCUCUCUCUCUCUCUCUCUCUCUCUCUCACUUACACACACUCUCUCCCUCACACAGACACAUACACACGCAUUCUCUCACACACAUGCAGACACAGCUGAAGCUGACAGUUUGCUUUCAGGACACCAUGUGGGCUGCUUCUGCCUCUGAAUUGGAGCCGUGAGAGGAGUCAGAGUCAGUCAGAGAGAAGGAGCGACACACGCAGAGAGAGAGAAAGAAGGAGCGACACACGCAGAGAGAGAAAGAGGGAGCGAUAAACAGCACAAACGAAGAAAAGGAGGCAAAGAAAGCAAGAUAAAAGACAUAAAAAAAGGAAGUUAACGAGGAUGCAAAGAGGAUGAUGAUGAUAAAAACAAACUGAGUGAGACACAGAAACAGAGGACGGUGGGGGAUUUAAUCCAAUUCAGUCUCUCAGGAAGACCCAACUAGAUCGGACGUCCUGGAAGUAAUGCAGUGGUGAUGAUGAAGGCGUGAACAGGUCUGCUCUGACGUGUUUUUGGUUUUUGGCUACCUGGAAACGAGGAGCAUCUGACUCGUUUGGCUUGCGCUGCCGAGUCCACGUGGAGGGAGCUUAACAAGCUUUCUACCCUCACCUUUCCCCCACCAGCACCUCCUCCACCGACACCUGUCCGCUCAGCAUAGCAUCCCCUCGGAAUCUGUUACCAAUCUUCUCUCCCCCUGGAAUAUGCUAUCAAGCUUCUCUCCCCUCGGAAUCCGCUACCAAGCCUCUGGAUGGAGCGCCAGGAACCAGUGGACAUACUGACCUGAGGUUCUCCCAGGGUCUCUUACACGACCUCAAGCCAGUCAAAGCCUUGACCUGAGGUCCCUUAGCAUCUCCCACUUCUGGACUGAGAGGAAUUGAGACUGCGUGUUUGUGUUUGUGUCUGAGUCUGUGGGUGUGUGUGGGGUUUUGUGGGCGUAUGUGUGUGUGUGUGUAUGUAUGUAUGUGCUUGUUCUGAUUAUCUGUGUGCGUGUGUGUGUGUGUUUGCGUGUGUGUGUGUCUCCUCUUUCUCCGCUUUGCUUGAUGGAUAUGCGUAGUCUUUGAAUUGGAUUUGAAUUGACCUGUGGCAAACCGAGACGAAUCAAACAAGAGGAGACGAGAGGAAGGGAGCUAAGGAGGAAACAACACAGACAGCCGCUGGAGGAGAGGAAGGAAAAAGAGAAAAUCAAAAACUCUGCCAGUCUUCAGAGAGAGAGAGAGAGAGAGAGAGAGAGAGAGAGAGAGAGAGAGAGAGAGAGAGAGAGAAAAGAGCAAGUAAACAGUACAAAGCAUUCUAGAAAAUUCCAGAAACAACCGGUCAGCUUCACCAUCGUGACCCCAAAGGACUAUUCCAACAGGAGCAGGACCACCCUUUUCCAUUCCCAGCUUUGGAAUUUCGGAAUGCUAUUGUCCGUCGUCAUAGUAACCACCAGUCACCUACGGUUCCUUGUUGUCACCGCUGUCCCAUGAAGCGUUUCAGCAGCCUGAGGGGGAACAAGAACAAGCGCAAGGAGCAGGAUGGGCGCACCGGCCGACGCCAGUCCGAGCCCCAUGGCCUCCUGGGUAGUAGCAGCAGCGGCGGCGGGGGUGGCGGAGGCCAUCAGCACCGCCGCCGCGAGUCCCAUCCCAUCGUGCCGUCAUCCCUGUCCUUUUGUCACCCUCGAUCAGUUUCGGGAAUGUCCUCUCCACCUCCCACCCCUCCGGCUCAGGUGACCAAGCCCCUGUCGUUCCCCACGGAGGUGUGCCGCAGCGAGAGGCUGGAGGAGCGCCAGGAGAGAGCCCAGAGGCAUCAUCAGCAGCAACAGCCGCAUAACCACCUCCACCACCACCACCACCACCAGCACCCUCUGGAGCACGAGCGGCCACGCUCCCUCUCAUCGCCCUUGGACACGGGCCAGCGCUUCAGCCUGCCCCACUCCUCCUCCUACUCCUACUCCUCCUCCACGAAGCCACCCCUCAUCCCCUGCUCAGCCCCCAUCGCUACCUCACGACUGGUCCCCGGUAUUGCUGAAGGCAUGCUGGAGAAACUUGACCUCGAGGAUGAAGUUGUUGAAGAAUCCGAGAGUGAUAUUUACACACGCUUUAUGAAGUCCCACAAGUGCUAUGACAUUGUUCCCACGAGCUCCAAGCUGGUUGUUUUCGACACAACGUUACAAGUUAAGAAGGCUUUCUUCGCCCUGGUGGCCAAUGGCGUGCGAGCCGCCCCGCUGUGGGAGACCAAGAAGCAAAGCUUUGUGGGAAUGCUAACCAUCACAGACUUCAUCAACAUACUACACAGAUACUACAAGUCGCCGAUGGUACAAAUCUACGAGCUGGAGGAGCACAAGAUAGAGACGUGGAGAGAACUGUAUCUACAAGAAACAUUUAAACCCUUAGUGAACAUAUCGCCAGAUGCAAGUAUAUUUGACGCGGUGUAUUCGCUGAUCAAGAACAAGAUCCACCGGCUGCCCGUGGUCGACCCAGUCAGCGGGAACGCACUUUACAUCCUCACGCACAAGAGGAUCCUCAAGUUUCUCCAGCUCUUUGUGUGUGAGAUGCCAAAGCCGGCCUUCAUGAAGCAGACUCUGGGUGAGCUGGGCAUCGGCACCUACAGCGACAUCGCCUUCAUCCACCCGGACACGCCCAUCAUCAAGGCCCUCAGCCUCUUCGUGGAGCGCCGCGUCUCCGCCCUGCCCGUCGUCGACGAGUCAGGAAAAGUGGUUGAUAUUUAUUCCAAGUUUGAUGUCAUAAACCUUGCUGCUGAGAAGACGUAUAACAAUCUGGACAUCAGUGUGACCCAGGCUCUGCGGCAUCGCUCCCAGUACUUCGAGGGCGUGAUGAAAUGUAACCUCAUGGAGACACUGGAGACCAUCGUGGACAGAAUAGUCAAAGCAGAGGUGCACAGGCUGGUGGUGGUGGAUGAGCAUGCCAGUAUUGUGGGCAUCGUGUCCCUGUCGGACAUCCUGCAGGCCUUGGUCCUCACCCCUGCAGGGCUGGAGAAGCGCAAAGCGAGUGUGGCGGAGUGAGAGACCCUGUGGCUGCCGUCUGUUUGAGUUGGACCUGGCUGGGCUGGGCUGGGCUGGGCUGCCACAGCUGGGAGCUGGAGCUGGAGCUGGAGUGGCGAUACGUUGCGUUGCGUGGCAUCAAGUUGGCACAGUCCUUCCCCACCCUUACGGCCUGGGUGGCACCAUGAUGGGGGGGUUUGGCUGUGGGUAGUAGGGUUAGUUGGUUGGCCGGUUGAGGGAGGGCGUGGUGGUGUGUGUUGGGUUGAGUGUCAGAAGGACUGGGUACGGUUAGCAGCUGGUUGGAGUGAUGCUGUGGCGUGCAGGAAACUAUUAAGGUGGACCACCAAAGAUUGCUUUUACACAUGAAGAAGAGGAGGAGGAGGAGGAGGAGGAAGAAUAUGGUGAUGAGGGCUAUGGGAUCACUUAUACCUCUCUCUGCUAUGUACUAUGCCCUCUUUCGCUCUUAAUCUUGCUCUCAUUUUCUCUGGGGUUUUUUUUCGCUAUCACUGCUGAUUCUCUCCCUGUCUCCCUUUCAAAUUUGUUCUCCCAUUCUAACCACUAUCAUUCUGUUCUUUCUGUCUCUGUCUUCUGUCUCUGUCCUCCCUCUCUCUCUCUCUCUCUCUCUCUCUCUCUCUCUCUCUCUCCUGUUCUGUUCUCACACACCCUUUCUUCCCGAUUCCUGGUCUUACUAGAGAUUAUAUGCUUCUAUAACUCCAUGUCAUGCGUGUGAGUGGGGUCUGAGACUUGAGUAAAAGAUUGCCGUCUGCUUCCGUGUUCACAGUAGACAGUACUUGUACAGUGCAGUGAUGUACACUGUGAACCCUCCAUCUGGCCCUCCAUCUUGGUAGGGAACCUUUAGGGCUGAGCUGACUAUUUUAUUUUGCACACGAUAGUUGAGGAAAUGCGAUGUUACUUUCUUUCCCCCUAAAUACCCUUUAAAACCUGUAACGAUGUUAUUCUCUCUGUCAAUCGUUGGGAUUGAAAAGCCACUUUACCACUGUCCUUCCCAUUAAUGUCCCCCUCUGCACAGGAGACAUCAACAGACAUGCACUAAACACACGC